UGAACCAGCCACACCAAACCGGUUCCAUUGCUGAGCUGACUGAUGGAGAAAAUUUUCCCCUCUUUAAUCGAAAUGGAGAAAUUGCGAUUGAGAGACCUCGAGACUUCGUCUGCGGCCUGAGCUCGAACGCUCCGAUCGACUUCUCCUGCUACAGUUUUCCUUUAAAGAAAAAAAAUAAUAAUAAUGGCUAGCAGAAGAAUUCAAAAGGAGCUCUUGGACUUGCAGAAGGAUCCUCCUACAUCAUGCAGUGCUGGACCUGUUGGAGAAGAUUUGUUCCAUUGGCAGGCAACAAUCAUGGGUCCUACUGAAAGCCCCUAUUCAGGAGGGGUGUUUUUUGUUAAGAUUCAUUUCCCACCAGACUAUCCAUUUAAGCCUCCUAAAGUCAACUUCCAAACAAAGGUUUACCACCCGAACAUCAACUCAAAUGGAAGCAUCUGCCUUGACAUCCUCAAGGAGCAGUGGAGCCCUGCACUGACCAUCUCCAAGGUUCUCCUCUCGAUUUGCUCUCUCCUGACUGACCCGAACCCAGACGACCCCCUUGUUCCUGAGAUCGCCCACAUCUACAAGACGCAGAGGUCACGAUACGAGGAGACUGCUCGAGCAUGGACCCAAAAGUAUGCCAUGGGAUGAAACUGACGAGCCCAAGUUGCUUCAAGUGUUGUAACGCUUACAUGAAGGCUAAAAACCAACUAUCAAGUCUGUGUGUGUGUUCCGGUGCAUGUAGUGUGUGCUACCCAAGUCUCUGAUAUCAAUGUGGUGUCCUUAGCACAUUCUCCCGUGUGUUAUGUAAUUGCCAACUGACACUUUUUCCAUGGAACCUUUUUGGUUUACUCCUAAA